AUGUAUAGCCCUUCAGCCAGCGUGCAGAUGAUGGACGUGGAAACUCAGACCGAAAUCACUUUUGAGCACAUCAUGGCUCUUACCAAAAUGAGUUCCCCAUCACCCUCAGUAGCUGCACUGAAUCCCUAUCUCCUCAAUGAAGAGCACUCGCCACUUCAUGAAUACUUUGACCCCAAUGACUUCAUGGGAGGCUUGCACCAAGACAUCGACAGAGACGAACUAGAGUUAGAGGAAAUAAACUUGUACAGACUAAACAGCCAGGAUAAGCUGGGGCUGACGGUUUGCUACAGGACAGGAUGAUGAAGACGACACGGGGAUUUAUGUCAGCGAGAUUGACCCCAACAGCAUUGCCGCUAAAGAUGGGAGGAUCAGGGAAGGAGAUCGGAUAAUACAGAUUAACGGCAUUGAUGUUCACAACCAUGAAGAAGCUGUGGCUCUCCUGACAAGCGAAGACACCAAAAAUGUUUUCUUACUAGUAGCAAGGCCAGAAUUGCAGCUGGAUGAAGGAUGGAUGGACGAUGACAGAAAUGAUUUUCUGGAUGAUCUGCACAUGGAUAUGCUGGAGGAACAGCACCACCAGGCAAUGCAAUUUACAGCCAGCAUGCUUGAGCAGAAAAAGAUUGAAGAAGACGGUGGAACCACAGACACUGCAACCAUUUUGUCCAACCAGUUAGAGAAGGACAGUGGUGUUGGGCGUACAGAUGAAAGCACCCGCAACGAUGAAAGCUCGGAGCAGGAGAACAUUGCCGAUGAUCACACCACAUCAUCAAACACACUGGAGAGUCAGAAGAAGCUGAUGUACAGUCAAGACACUCUGGGCAGCGGAGAUAUGCAGUUCAGCAACGAGUCCUUUAUAUCUGCUGACUGUACAGAUGCUGACUUCCUAGGCAUCCCCAUGGAUGAGUGCGAGAGAUUCCGAAAACUUCUCGAACUGAAGUGCCAGGUCCAAAGUGCCAACCAGCGGAGUCGAUAUUACCAAACCAGCACAAUGGAGACCAACCGCAGUGACCAGGAGAGCGUGGACCGUGAACUUGAAAUGCUGAAUGAGGAGCUGCACAGCAUCGAGCUUGAGUGUUUGAACAUAGUCCGUGCUCAUAAAAUGCAACAACUGAAGGAGCAGUACAGAGAAUCCUGGAUGCUGCACAACAGCGGCUUCCGUAACUACAACACGAGCAUCGACGUGCGUAGGCACGAGCUCUCUGAUAUCACCGAAUUGCCAGAGAAGUCAGACAAGGACAGCUCAAGUGCCUACAACACUGGGGAAAGCUGCCGUAGCACCCCUCUGACUUUGGAAAUUUCCCCCGACAACUCACUGCGCAGGACAGCUGAAGCUCUUAACAGCUGUCCAGAAGGAGCAGCCAGUAGCAGUCCUUACAAUGGAUCGCAGAAGAAUGUACGAUCAAGCGGAGAAAGCCGCGAGUCCAGCCCUGCCAGAUAUCACCAAACUGCUAAGGACUCAGACUCAAGCAAAUCAGUGGAAGCCAGAGACAAAAAAGUUGCCGAUAUGGCCUAUCGCCAUUCACCUUACAAGCACGCCCACAUCCCCGCCCAUGCGCAGCACUAUCAGAGUUACAUGCAGCUGAUCCAGCAAAAAUCAGCAGUCGAGUAUGCUCAAAGCCAGAUGAGUUUGGUCAGCAUGUGUAAAGAUCUUCAGAAUGCCUCGGAGCCAAGGAUGGAAUGGAAAGUGAAAGUACGUAGUGACGGGACCCGCUACAUCACGAAAAGACCUGUUCGAGAUAAGUUGUUAAGAGAAAGAGCCAUUAAGAUCAAAGAGGAGAGAAGCGGAAUGACAACAGAUGAUGACGCCAUUAGCGAAAUGAAAAUGGGACGUUACUGGAGCAAGGAAGAACGCAAGCAGCACAUUAGGAAGGCCUCUGAACAGAGAAAACGUAGAGAGUUCAUGAUGCAGAGCAGGUUGGAUUGCUUAAAAGAGAAACAGACUGCAGAGGACAACAAGGAGGUCAGCAUCAUUGACCUCAGCCACAAAAAGAUGAUGAAGAAACGCAAUAAAAAGAUUUUUGACAACUGGAUGACAAUUCAAGAACUGUUAACCCAUGGCACGAAAUCUCCUGAUGGAACGCGAGUGUACAACUCGCUACUCUCCGUCACAACUGUAUAA